AUAUUCGGUCGGGCAACUCAGGCAGCAGCUGUACGAGCACGCAGCCGAUUUCCUUGGAAGUUGGAAUUGCGAUUGUUUGGGCAGAAUAGCAGCGAACAAUUUCUUAAUCUCAUUGUUGAAUCGCACGCCGCGUAGUUUGGACCUUUAGUGCAUUUUUCAAACGUUUAUUGCUGCUGCAUAAUUACAACGUUAUGUUUUCAGUUUUGGCGUUUCGAAGUGUGUUCAUAAAUAAUCCGUAAGCUAUGCUGGCGAUAUGUUUACCAAAUUUCGUCGGUCGUUGUGACUCAAGUAGAAAUGCCUUGUGAAUACGUGGAUCGUGAGGAGAGUUCCACAGUGUUAUGUCGAUAAAGUCUUUUUCUUUUAGUAGAUAGUGAUUUUAGUGUAAAAUUAAAUUAGCAAAAGACAAUGUCUAGCACAGUUCCGACGAGUUCUGCCCUCAGGGCUUUGGCCCUAGAGUACAAGAGUCUGCAGGAGGAGCCCGUGGAAGGGUUCAGAGUGAAACUUUGUGGAGAAGACAAUUUGUUUGAGUGGGAAGUGGCGAUAUUCGGCCCCCCAGACACACUAUAUCAAGGUGGCUACUUUAAGGCACAUAUGAAAUUCCCUACAGACUAUCCAUAUUCACCACCUACAAUUAGGUUUUUAACGAAAGUGUGGCAUCCAAACGUAUAUGAGAACGGAGACCUCUGCAUAUCAAUCCUGCACCCGCCCGUGGACGACCCGCAGUCGGGCGAGCUGCCGUGCGAGCGCUGGAACCCCACGCAGUCGGUCCGCACGGUCCUGCUCUCCGUGAUCUCGCUCCUUAACGAGCCCAACACCUUCAGCCCGGCCAAUGUGGACGCGAGCGUCAUGUACAGGCGCUGGCGUGACUCCAAGGGCAAGGAUAAGGAAUAUGAGAAUAUUAUAAGGAAGCAAGCGCAAGUCGCGCGCAUAGACGCUGAAAGAGAAGGCAUCGUCGUGCCUCUCACGCUGGAAGACUACUGUAUCAAAACGCAAGUCAAGUCCACCACGCAGGAACCACAGCUGGACAUGACUGAUUUCUACGACGACGACUACGAUGACCUCGACACGUCGGACGAGGAGAUCGAGGCCGGCGAGGACGGAGACGACAGCGGCAACGGCGAGUCGUGAGGCCCGCUGCGGCGAGGCCUACAUACCACUAGGCAAAUAUAACCUCAGAAGCCCCGCUGCAAAAAACUUUACACAAAGAAUAAAGUGCAUCUCAAUAGAUAUUUAAUUUUCUUGCAUGGGGGCUUAGGGGGUUAAACCUCUAACUUUACAUUAUACGUGACUAAUAUCAACCGUAACUCGGGCAUAUAAAGUUUAUAUUUGUCCAUUGGAGAGUCAUGAAGCCUGCUGUAACGAGGCCCACACUCCACUAGGCAAAUAUAACCUCAUAAACCCCUCUGCAAAAAACCUUCCACUCAAAUUGGUAGUUAUACUCAAACGGAGUGCAUCUCAAUUGACAUUUACAUUUUUUGCUUGGGGGCUUAGAGGGCUAGAACUACUGACUAUAGUUACAAUUGUGACAGUAGAAUGUCAUCUGUAACUGUGGCACACAAAGUCUAUACUUGUGCAACGGCGGGUCGUGAGGCCCGCUCUGUCGAGGCCUACACUCCACUAGGCAAAUAUAACUUCAGAAGCCCUGCUGCAAAAAAAAGACAUUUAUAUUCUUCAUCUCAAUUGAUAUUUAUUACAUUUUUUGUAUCGGGGCUUUGAGGAAUGAAAACAACUGACUAUACAUUAUAUAUGUGACUACAAUGUCAACCGUAACUCUGGAGCAUAAAGUCUAUAUUCGUAUAUCGAGCUUGAAGUGUUGUGUCAAAUAUACAUAUAACAUAAUAACUGUCUCUUUCACUACUAUUGUCUCAAAUGCAAGUGUGAGCAAGAAGUUUUACGACCCCGGUAGUCAGUAUGGUUAGCGGACUGUAUAGCCCAGAGCGGAUGUAAACAUGGCCGUCCUUGAUCAUGAUCAUGUUCGAUUCCCUGUACCUACAUUCACGAGGCCUUUAAUUCAUCCGCCAUUUGUUUUUCAAAAUGGUGCUUGCUGCCCGAAUGUAUAAGCGUAAGCCUACGAAACAAAACAAAAAGUGUGUGUAUAUUUUCCGUGACUCUAUUGGUUUGUCUAUAACUGGAUUGCCAAUCGUUUCCCAAUAAAAUGCUGCAAAAUGUAUAACACUGAGUAGUGCCAUCAUGGUUCAGCUUUCAAAUGAAUACUCACAAAAUGAUAUUCCUGUCAGGACGUAAGGCCCACUGCAUGGAAAUUACAAAAACUGCCUAGGGAAAAUUUCUGUGAGCAGAAACAUAUCUUACAAUAUAAAUUUACAGUCACGUUACUUGCAAAAAGACAAGAUCUGAACUAAACGUGCCCCUGUGGCCUAUUUACUGAAUAAAUGUUUGAUGUUUGAUGAACCAAUUAUAUUGUAAGGUGUGUUUUAAUUGCAAUAAAACUUAAAACAUCAUUGAGUCAUAUCAUAUAUAUCAAACAUGAAUUAUGCUAUGUAAAUAUUAUUCGUACACAAUAACGGCUUUGACUUUGACCCAGUAAAUGAACUGAAAUAUAUUAGAAUCUUCGUAUAUAAACUAAAUCUAUUAUUUAAUUUACGUCUCUCUACUUCUCAAGUACAAACUAUUAGUACCUACAGCAGCAAUACUCCCUUGCCUUCACCGAUUUGCUAUUCACUUGGAAAACACAGACUAUACAUAUAUGUUUGUACCAUUUAAUAUAUUGUUUUGCUCAUGGUUUAUUCUUUUCUUUUCGAAAUUCAAAAUGGUUGUUUUUCCUAUUGUACCUACUGCCUACAUUUAAAACUUUCGCGGUUUGAACACAUAUUAAAUCACAUUUACAACCACGACCACGACCAGUGAAACCUGUGUCGAAACGUCGGUAAAUAAAGGUAACAAAAUAAAUUCGCGAUAGACCCGUUUGUAAAUGUGAUUUAAUAUAGUUACAUAUAGCUUCGAAUUACUCGUAAGUAGCUCUUUUAUUUAAAACCCAUCUGAUCGAAAACCCGAAACAAAGUCGAUGUUGAAUAAAUUACCAUUUCACCUCGUUAUCAUACCUGAUGUUCGCAUAAGCUUAGACUUGUAUUGUGAAUUAAUUAUAGCAACGAGUACUAUGUACAAAAAGUUCUACACUUAUUGACAUAACGGCUAUUUUUGACUGAUUUAUAUUAUAUGCGUGCGUUUUUCUUCUAUACUAGCAUAACACGUGUCACUGUCAAUAUUGCGAUGCGUUUACGCAGUUUCGUUGUUGCGCACUUUCUCUUGGUUCUAAUAUUUAAAGCAACGUCGUAGCAACAUUUUACUUUUAUACGUUUGUAAGACCUGCACUGCACUUCUCAAUUGAAUUCAAUGCACAGUAAAUACCUUAUAAUUUCCUGCAUAAACUGUUUCAUAAAGCCUUUUUUAAUUUGUAUUUCUUUGUAAACACGCUCUUUUUGUUUGGAAUCUUAUUGACUUUCAUUGUACUGCAAAUAUGCGUGGAAAAUAAUACAAACUUCCUAUUUUACAAAUUAUAACUAUCCUGCAUACAAACUGGCUUUUCAAUUACUUCCAUUAACAUCGCUGACAAAACGGGCCCAACGGCCAAUUUGUUCACGUUUUCCUCUUUCUUUGUCUUCAUCUAUAUUCUUGAAAAAUCUAUUUUUAUCACUUUUCCGCCACAUCGAAACAAUGUAUCAACUAGUACUACUUAAAUUUAAUUGUUGCAGUAAUUGUAUUAAAUGGGAAUAUCUUGCCUGGACUUUCAAGUUACAAUUGUUACUAAUUAACGACUGCCUUGUUCCUUCUUGCCAUUGGUGAACCUUAGGUUUUUAGUAACUAAAGCUAACAAUACUAUACCUGUCCUGUAGGUACAUGACAAUAUACAUAUUUGUAAAUUACAUGUUUUCUUGGCAUGAGACGAACCGUUUAUUUGGCAUUUGCUUGCAGUGAAAUGCAUUUAUUUUAAUGUACCUAUACGUCGCUCCAUGUUAUGUAGGGAUAGAUAGAUCGAACCAGUGGCGUAGCUAGGCGUGGGCGAAUGGGGCCUUCGCCUCGUGAAGCCAACCUUUUUAUUACCUGUAAAGGGCCUCGCAGAUGUGGUUUUCGCCCACGGCUAUAUUGGUUCACGCUACGCCACUGGAUCUAACUUUUACUACACUAGUCGAAACAUCAAGACUUUUAGUUUAAAUAGAUUAUACGUAAGAGCUUAUAUAAUGACCUUUAAAUACAUGUUGAAAAGCCAAAUUCAAAAAAAAUAGCAAUGACAGUGGGGCGUAUACGGCCGUACGAUAAUAUUAUUUCGGGACGUUUAUUGCGAGUAUAGCCUCCUGACGACCGGCUCUCUACAUGUAGUAUCAAUAGCCGCUACAUAGAAUUUUGAAUGCAAAGGUGCUAAACUAAUAGUAUUGCUGACUGUAAGUAGGAAGGACCUAAAUAACUUUGGACUCUUUGUCAACUUGACAUUGAAAUCGAGUCGCCAGGAGGAUGAAAGCCACUUAUAAAAUAGGACUGGACUUUUGGAUGUAGCUCAACAUUUCCUACAGUAGUAAGGACAAGCUACUAAUGGCGUUAUUCAUAAACGCGUUACUGGCCUGAAUUAGCUAUGAAUAGUUUGUCUUUAUCUGUCAUUUUGACUUAUGUAUUUGUAAGAUAGGGAUAAAACAUAAUUUAACUAAAUCAGGCCCGUAUAGUUUUAUGAAUAAGGGGGUAAAUGUUUAGCUACUUCCCGGCUACACUGCACUAACUUCUUAUCUUUACAAAGAAUGGCUAAGUGCAGUAGCUGCAACAUGUUUUUUUUUUUUAAACAUUGUUUACAAAAAGCAUAAUAAAAAUUGAAAGGAUGUCUCUAUGAUCCUUUUGAGAAUAGUUCAUAACUUUGUACAUACUUGCAAUGGGUUGAAACGUAACUUUAGAUAUAGUCAACGUUUAUGUGUAGUGGUAGGGGUACAUUGAACUAUUUUGAAAACUAUCGUAGGGUUAGUCUGCCUUCAAAGAGUAUAACAAAACUGAUUGCACGGCUUUUUAUCACACAAGUAUCUUUUUUUUAUGAUGAAUAGGCAGGCGUUUGACCACGAUCCCACCUGAUGGUAAGUGAUGAUGCGGUCUACGGUGGAGCACGCUUACCUAUCAUAUACCUAUUAACUCUUGCCUUGAAGAGCCCCAGAUUGUACUCAUGUGGAAACAUACUCGGGCAGGGCGUUUCACUCCUUGGCAGUUCUUAGUAUUUGGUACAGUCCGUACUGUACAUGUUUAGAAGCACCAAGCUCUAUUGUGUGACCUGCUAUAUAGCACCGUGGCAGUCAGUUUUGCUAGCUCUAAAUGUUUAGCGAUGCUUCAAACGAAAUAUAUUUUGAGUUGUCCGUACUUGCCUGAACCGAAUAGACCAUUUUACAAUUUAUGAAGUGAACUAAUGGUGAAUAGAAAGCUUAUUUUUAUAAAGUUUAUGGAUAUAUGUUCCAUGCUAGUGCAGCUCGGAUAGACAACAUGAAGUUUGGAGAUUCAAGAUAUUAAUUAAAGAAUCUAUUGUCGAUUGAGGAGUGAUAUUUCGAUCUUUGAACUUCGUGGUAUUGCAUCUAACUAGCAGGCACGAUUGCGUUUAUGUCUGUAGUAGUUGCUAAGCGGGUGAUAAGGUCAAAAAGAUCUGAGCACAACUAUAUUGUCUAGCUAGUAAGAGCGUGUGCAGAUCAUUUGGACCACCUCGUCCACUUAGCUGACUGAAACAUAAUUAACAACUGUUUGUCUAUUCGACCAUUAUCUUGUAAUAUUAGAUAGUUUAUUUUUAAGAUUUAUUGAAUUAUUAGCGAAUUUUCAAAUGUCACUAUUUUUUAUGUAUUUUUGCUGUAUUUUGUCAUCACAAUUUGCUCCAACAUGUCAGUACUAAAUUAUAUUGAGCAUCUCUUUUUGGCUUUUUAAGAUUGUUUUAUAUUAGUGUCCCCUACUUUACUUGAAUAGGUUAAUAAUAUAUGUGAAAUGCACCAUUUUCGUCUGACACUACUAUAGUAAACUUGUACAGAGAUUUAUAAUGAGUAUGCUCAAAACAUAAUUUAAAAAAUACCGUAAGUUUAUUAGAUUAACUGGCUACUGGUACUCGGUUGUAACCAGUAUAGUAAAAUGCCUACCUGUAUCAUUUAAUUACAAUAAUUAAACGAAAUUAUCUGUAAUGUAUAUUGUAAGUAAAAAUGAAUGUUAAUGGUUACUGUGCACUAAGUUAACGGACUCAUUUAUUUGAACAACUAUUAAGAUCUAGAAAACUGAUAACAAAAUUGCUGUUUGCUUGCAACUUAGAUUCUCAAUCUUUGUCAAGUCUGUUUAAAUUCUUUCUGUAUGUCUUGGCUAACAAGCCUCUGUUAAUCCUGAUGAUUCGUCCAGAAUUUGUAAACUUAAGUUACAUUGUAAGUGAUUUGGCAAAUCAAUGUAGAUAAAUUACGCGAUGAGAAUGUUAAUUAAUUAUUAAUCAUAGAAUAACAAUAAAGUAAAAGCGUUUGGAUGCGAAA